CCAAAAUAACCCAACCACAGCAAGAGAAACCAACAUACCCACAAUAAGAUAACACCAUAUUCUUAAGAAAAAGUGCAAGAAAAAUAAAGUUAAGAGGUUACUAUCAUUAACUCAUUUGACAAAGUGAACCACUUUCUUGGAUGGUUGCCCACUUACCCUUUCUCUCUAAUGCUAGUGGUUCUCUCUCUUCCCCUUUGGUUCCCCACUUGUCUUCACCUUUCUUUUUCCUCUCUAAUGCUAGUGGUUUCUCUCUCUCUCCAUCUCUUUCUCUUUCUCUCCUGCCUUGUGUGCUUAAACUUCUCUCAUGCUGUACACUUGUUAGCAGCUAAACACAGGUAAAUUUUUUGUUUAGCAUGGACAGAGAUGGAUAAAGAAACAAACCAAGAAAGCCCUUCUCUGCCUUCUAACAAUAACUCCAUCAAAGAAGAAACUUCAAGAAAACAACUCUCUGCUACUGGUAGUGGUGGUUUUGCUGCUGCUGCUGCUGCUGGUGGAGAUAGACUCAAACGAGAUGAAUGGAGCGAAGGAGCUGUUUCUAGCUUGCUUGAGGCCUAUGAGAGUAAGUGGAUACUUAGAAACCGAGCUAAGCUCAAAGGACAUGACUGGGAAGACGUUGCUCGCUUUGUUUCAUCGCGUGCAAAUUAUACCAAGUCGCCCAAGACUCAAACGCAAUGUAAGAAUAAGAUUGAGUCAAUGAAGAAGAGGUAUAGAUCAGAAUCCGCCACUGCAGAUGCUUCCUCUUGGCCCUUAUACCCACGUCUUGAUCUUUUGUUACGUGGAAGUGCUGCUGCUACGGCUGCAGUAGCACCACAACCACCACCCCCACCGCAGUCACAACAACAACAACCACCACCACCAACUCUUCAAGCAUCCAACCAUUCUCCUCCUUUGAUGUUGUUGGAGACAUCCCAUGUGUUGCCACAGCCACCUCCACAGCCUCUGGCUCCUCCGCCUCCUCCUCCACCUCCAGCUAUUGGGACUGCACAAAACUCACAUGGGUCCAAUGGUGUUGAGAGGGGGGCCAAGGAAGAUGGUGUUGGUACAAAAUUAUCAGACCAUGUCUCAGAUAAGAAUGCCAUGGAAACAGAUAGUAGCACUCCAGCUUUGUAUAGCGAAAAGGAGAAAUUGAGGUCCAAAAAACUGAAGAUGAAAAUGGACAGAAAGAAGAAAAGAAGAAGGGAAGAAUGGGAGAUAGCAGAUAGCAUCAGGUGGCUAGCAGAAGUAGUGGUAAGAUCAGAACAAGCAAGAAUGGAUACAAUGAGAGAACUAGAAAAAAUGAGAAUAGAAGCCGAGGCCAAGAGAGGCGAAAUGGACCUAAAAAGAACGGAGAUCAUAGCCAAUACUCAAUUGGAGAUUGCCAAGCUCUUUGCAGGAGUUGGUAAAGGAGUUGAUUCCUCCUUAAGAAUUGGAAGAAGCUGAUGAAGAUUAUAUAUAUAUAUAUAUAUAUAUAUUAGUGUAAUAAUAAUAAUAAUUAAGCUAAUUAAUUAUGAUAAGAGAACUUCAUUCUGGAAAAAAAAAAUGAAGAAGGGUGACGGAGAUUUAAUUAACUUUGUAGUAGGCCUAUAAGUACAAGGGUUGUGGUAGGAAAAAUAACAUGGAUCCAUCCCUGCCUCAAUGUAACGUUCUCUUUUAUGGAACAAAAUGCACUGUUUUUAAGCUGA